AUGGUGACAGGUCACCCACGCUAAACGUUACCGUGAUUUGUCUGGAUCUGGCAAAGUAACAAGCUGGGAAACAUGGAAGGUUCAAUCAGGGAGAAUUCUUCAUUCAUUUUCUCGGGGUUCCUAGAAAAAUAAAACGUUAGUUUUAGAUGGUUAUCAUGACGAAAGCUGUUGAAUCUGGAAGUUAAUUUUAAUAUAAACCGAAGUCGGUGAAAAAGUGCGUUUCAGCAGACGCUGUCUUGCAGGAGUUUUCCAAUAUACGUUACGUGCAACCGGAUAAUUAUGACCACGACGGAUUUGAUCAGGUCAAAAGGUAAGGCAAAGUGAGAUAUGAGAGGGCAGAAAAAUAUCCAGCUGUGUUUUACCCUACGACAUCCAAAUCAUUGAGCAAUAAAAGUGUCUACGUAAUAGGAAUUGAUGAGAACGCGUUAGUCACGUCUGCCACAACUUUGAUUAUAUAAGCAGAACAAGAAAGCUUUUCUAUUACGCUUGUUGUAGACUGAAGCUGAUCCCUGGAGAUAAGUUCAACAUGAAAUUGUUGUGGAUUUGGGCAGCUGUGCUUGUGGUAGCACAAGUUGAGGAAUCAUCUGCAGCUCCCACAGAUUCUACAGAUGACAUCUGUUACACUCGCAACACAACGAACGGAAAGUGCUGUGUGUUUCCAUUCACUUACAGAGGCGUGGAUUACUAUGAGUGCACAACGAAAGAUUUUGGGAGAGAAUGGUGUUCUUUAAAUGAUGUCUAUGAAACUGACAGGCAAUGGGGAUUUUGUGCAAACGAGACAAUGAAGCCUGUCUUUGACACCAUUCUUGAAGCAACAGGAGAAAAUGGCAGGUCCAGAGAUGGUAAAGAAGCUUUGUUUCAAGGUGACAUAAUCAUGACCCGAGAAAUACGUGACAGCCUCAACAGCCGCGGGAUCCUGGUGCCUCCUAAGAGGAUGGCAAAACCUCAGAGCAGACGAAAGAGGGCGAUCAUGAGGGUGUCUGGAGGCAGCGACCUUCGAUGGCUUGUUGGUAGUAGUGGAAAGCGAGAAGUCCCCUAUUACAUUACAAGCUCGAACCAUAAUGUGCGUGGAGUUAUCCUGCGUGCUAUGAAGCACUGGGAGGAAAGAGUGCCUUGCCUAAAAUUCGUACAGAGGAGCAGGGAGAGUCGUUACCUUAGUUUCUUCUCCGGUGGAGGAUGUUAUUCUAUGGUAGGCCGACAGCCUGGCUCGGGGCCUCAGAAAAUCUCCAUUGGAAAUGGUUGUGGUUAUCUGGGUGUAGUAGUGCACGAGAUAGGACAUGCCCUCGGAUUCUGGCACGAACAAUCCCGUCCUGACAGAGACUCUUAUGUGACAAUUAACUGGCAAAACAUCCAAACGGGUAUGGCGUAUAACUUUCAUAAAUAUGGAACCAAUCGGGUAGACAGUCGGGGUGUCUCGUAUGAUUACGACAGUGUUAUGCACUAUUCCUCCACGGCCUUCGCUAACCGCAGGGGAGUAAGAACUAUCGUCGGCAAGAACGGCCGCACUAACCUUGGUCAGCGGUAUGGGUUGAGUAGGUUAGACGUUGAGCAAGCCAAGAUGUUGUACUGUGGUCAGCGACCCAAGCCACAAACACCUCCGCCACCAGGUUGUUCUCCUGAUCGUCACGAUUGGUGCCCAUAUUGGGCCAGUGAAGGAUACUGCACUGAUCCACGAUAUUCCACAUACAUGAAUACAGACUGUCAGACGAGCUGCAAGAGGGGGUGCCAAAAACCUCCCAUCUGCAAAGACGAACACAAAUAUUGCGCAAGUUGGAUGAAAGAGCCUGGAGAUUACUGCAAGAAGUACGAAUCAUACAUGAAAAUUUACUGCAAGAAGAGCUGUGGAAAUUGUUAAUUGAUACAAAUUUUAUUCCCAUUUCUCAUAGUCGAUCGAUGAUUAAAAUUCAUGAUUGAGUGGCAUUUCGAAAUAAAACCUUGGUGUUAAAAAAAAAUUAUUUUAAAAAGACUAAGAGUUAUGGACGUUUUUGAUCAUAGUUAAUGAUUUCACAUCAAUUUCCUACGAGCAUCAUCUUGGAAUUUGCAAGUCGAUAUUUUUCCACGAAGAAAAAUCAUCUUUUUUU